AUGAAUGGAAAUAUUAAUUAUAAGACGAUUGGUGUUACAUUGGAUAGAAAUGGUAAAGUACAUAUUUCAGAAGAUAAUGUAAAAAAAUUAUGUAAUGAGUUAGAAUAUUUUGGUAGAAAAAUACAUUCAAAAACACAAACAAUAUUAAAAAUUUCUCAAGAUUUAUCUUUAGCUCAUUCUAAAUUAGAAAUAAGUGAAAAAAAUUGUCAAAAAUUAGAAAUUGAUAUCAGAAAAGAAAAUGAAUUAAUAGAAGGAUUAAGAAAGCAAUUUGAAAAAGAUUACUCAAAAAUUCGUGAUAAAUGUAAUCAAUUAGUAAAAGAAAAAGAAAAUUUUAAAAAAGAAAAAGAAUAUUUGUUAAAAGAAAAUGAUCAGUUGAAGGAUGAGAUUAGAAAUUUAAGAAAAGAUUGUCUUGGGUAUAGGCAGAAGAUUGCUAAAUUAGAAGUAAAAGAAAUUGGUAAUGAAGAUUAUAAAGAAAAAUCAUUUGAAAUUGAAAAAUUUAAAAAACAAAGUGAAGAAUUAAAAAAUGAUGUUAGUGUAUUGUUAAGUGAUAAAGAAGAAAUAAUUAAAGAAAGAGAUUCAAUGAAAGAAAAAGUUGAAAGAUUAUCACAAGAAAUUAUUUACCUUCUUAACGGAGAUCCAAAGGCAAUAGAUGAAGAUAUUGAUCGUGUACUUGCUGAUAACAGAAUAAUGAAAGCUCAACUUGAAAAUAUGAAACAAGAAAGAGGAAUGGCAAAGGCUACUUUAAAAAAAUAUAAAAAUUUACUAGGAAGAAAUUCAUAUGUAGAUGAUGGAGAAACUUAUGAUUGUCAGAUGGAAGAUUUUUUUCCAAAUAGAGAUACUAAAAUAAUUACAUUUAAACAAAUUAAAGAAAUUUUAGGUUCAUCAGGAGAUGGAGUAACAGAAGACGACUACAAAACAUUAACUCAAUUACUUGUAGAUUAUUGUAAUGAUAAAAAAUUAGCUUUAACACAUCAAAGAAAUGCAAAUAAAAUUUUAGCUAAAAAAGUUUCUGAAAUGGAAUUAAAAAUAAAAAGUUUAGAAAAAAGUAGAGAAAAAAUUUGUAAAUCUCCAAAUAAAGAUUUUCUUAAUGAAUUACUAUUGAAAAAAUAA